UUCAAUAAUUUCACAACCCGAAAGAAGGCAGGCGGAAAUGAAAGCCAUCCGAUCGGUUCGAGCUCAGCCACCAGCAGUUUUCACUCCAUCUCUGCGAGCUUCUUUAAGUCAUCAUAAAAGUUCAGUGAUCAGCUUCAGGCCAAUCAUCACAAGUUGUUCCAAGCAACCGGAAAGCAUGGAGCAGAAAGACGAAAAGCCUAAACAAAAACCUGGGGAUGUGAUGUCUGAGUCAUUCGGAGAGGGAUAUGCUACGAGAUCAGAUGAAGAAGGGUUUGGAGGGAUUUAUGGAGAGAACGAGAGUAUAUCUGACAUAAAAAAACACAAGGAGGUUCAUGAAAGUCACCCAGCUUAUGACAAGACGCAGGGGAGUGAAGUGAAGGAGAAGGAGAAAGCCAGGAAUCAAACUCACGCUUCCUCUUAACUCAUGGAUGGAAAACCCAACUAUGUUCACAAGUACCCUCCUCCAUUUUGUUUCAUGUGCGCCUUACCUGGCAUUAGUUUAUUAUCUUCAGUUUUUUACUGCAGUUCUUAUAUGUAAUGCUUAUUACACAGCUUAGGCUGUUACCAAACUUUCUCCUAAACAAACAUCUUUAGCUAUAUCCGUGAAGGCCCUAAAGCCUUCCUCCAUCACCCGUCUAUUGUUUUUUUUGCUCUUUUUACGUUAUAAAUUAAUGGUUAAAUUUCAGCUC